AUGCAGGUGCCCUUCCUCGGGUGGAUCCAGAUCCUUGUCUUCUGCGGCAUGGUGGACUUCGGGCUCUACAGGGCCGAUCCCUCUCGCGACCCGGGUGACUAUGAGAAUGCCGGUAUCCUCGGCGUGCCCAACGCCAGUGGCCCAAUGGCUGACGCCGAGGGCCGCAAGAGGAAACUCAAUUCCGAGCUUGCGAACGGCCGCCUGGCCAUGAUGGCCAUCACUGGCAUGCUCUUCCAGAACGGAAUCACGGGAACCACCGGGCCAGCCAUGUGGGGAUUUUGA